UCAGUCGAGAGUCGCAUUCUCAUCAGCAUGGCAUCCCAACCUCCUUCAGCAUCUAGAGGACCAUUCAUAGCUCCAACUGCCGUAAUGGUUACCGAAGCUCUACGUGAACUGAGGAAGCGCAAAGGUUCGUCUUUGAUUGCUAUUAAAAAAUACGUACUAGCUCAUUACAACGUAAAUCCGAGAAGGAUUACUGCAUUUCUGAAACGCCAUAUUAAGGCCAAGAUUGCCAACGGGGAACUUAUUCGCAAGACCGGACGCGGUACUCGCGGAUCGUUCAAGUUGCCCCAUAAAGCUGUCAAAAAGACAGAUGAUUCCGAAACGUCAGGAACGGCCGUUCUGCCUAAGAAGAGGGGUAAAAAGCCGAAAGUGGUUGUUACUACUGCAGCUGCUAUUCCUUCAACCUCUUCUGCGGCUCCGUCUUCGGCUAAAAAAUCUGCCACCGAACCCGUCAAGAAACCGGACACCAAUCUUGCAGCUAAAACUGGUACAAAAGGUGCUGCUAAGAUCAAUAAUGAUUCUGCCACUGCUAGUAAUACGGCCAUUGCUUCAACUUCGGCUGCUAGUUUAGCUACCGCAUCGGCUGGGCCAUCCACUGAUAGCACAGCGGGCACAUCUGCUGUUGGCAACGCUACGAAUGCCCCGAAGAAGAGGGGAAGAAAAAGGAAUGUCACCUCAGACCAAAUGGUUGCAGCUGGACCAUCCGCUGGUAGCUCAGCGGGCACCUCUGCUGUUGGCAAUGCUACGACUACCCCAAAGAAGAGGGGAAGAAAAAGGAACGUAACCUCAGACCAAACGGUUGCAGCCACAGCAAACAGAAGAAGAAUCAAGAAGCGAAAGAUGGCCAGAUUGCGCGCUAAAUCGUCGAGAAUAAGAUUAGCUAGAGGCUGUAAGAAUAAAGGAGCGGAAUUCAGGAGGAAUCUCAGAGUCCGCUUCACGGCCCUAAUGUAAACUGUAGUUGAGUUAAUUAAAGUAUUUGAUAUGCUGUUAACAAUGUUAUGGUGUUUUAGACACUGUUUAAAAAUUUUUGAAAAAUAUGCCGCAUGUUUUAUUU